CCUGUCCGAGCUGAUGAGAUGAAGAUCAGUUCGACUUCUGAUGGUAUUCGAGGUGGAGGUAAACUCUGGAAGUUUGUCCAGGGAAGUGAUUCGAAAGAUCUUUAGGGAAAAUGUUUGGCAGUGGAAUACUGGACGCUGGGAUAGACCAGAGUGACGAGAGUCCGAAGAAGAUCCCUUUGGAACGUUCCAUCUCCGAAUACAGCGAGCGAGACGUGCAGUGUGGAUUUUGGAUAUGUCGUGGAAGGUUCUGGCAACGGUUGGCUAGCAAAAAGUUGUACGUGUUUCUGUUCGGGGUUGUUGGAUGCUUGUUUGGAUCGACGACGGCGUACUUCUAUGGAACGUUGACUACGGUUGAGAAAAGUAUUCAAAUUUCGUCGAAAAAUGCCGGAAUUAUCACGGCUGGAUCGGAUUUGUCGUUCGUGCUGUCAUCUCUGUUUCUGUCAUACUAUGCUUCAAAUAAGAGGAAACCGCUGUGGAUUGCGUUGGGAAUUACAAGCAUGGGGCUGUCCUGCUUCGUCAAUGCAUUGCCGCAUUUCUUGUUCGGACCUAACGUGGAAGAUCUUAUCCAAAACGCAGGAAACUACACAGUGGGAGCUUCGAAGAUGUCCGAUAACUUGUGCAAAGCAGAUCGUGCAGCACCCGAUUGUUCGGCGGAUCUGGGGAAUCUAAGACCGCAGCUUUUACUUUUCCUUGGAAGUUUUCUUUCCGGAAUAGGGACUUCUUUGUAUUUUACACUAGGAUUGACCUACCUGGAUGACAACGUUCGGAAGGAAAAGGUUCCUUUUCUGUCCAGUCUGUCAGCUUUCGGAAGAAGACUAGGACCGAUGCUGGGCUAUUCCAUGGCGUCCUUGUGUUUGAGGUAUUUUGUUUUGCCUGGAGUUGACCCAGGAUAUGGUAGUUCAGAUCCACGAUGGAUUGGUGCGUGGUGGACGGGAUGGAUCGCUCUGGGCAUGUCGCUCUUCUUGGUAGCCCCUAUUUUUGCUGGAUUCCCGAAAAUACUUCCACGAGCGGCCGAACGCAAGUCCCUAUCGCGACAAGCCAGUCGAAUCAGUGGAGCAACCAUGGAAGAACCGGAAAGGGAAACUUCUUUAGCUGAUCUUUUGGUGACGGUGAAGCGUUUAAUCACCAAUAAAGCUUACGUCUUUAACAAUACGGCAAGCAUUUUCUACUUUUUUGGUUACAUGCCGUACUUUUUGUUUCAAGCCAAGUACAUCGAGAUUCAGUACCGUUUAACACCGUCGCAAGCCAAUAUGGUCACCGGAACUACGUCUCUGGUCUUUUCGGCUUUGGGUAUCCUGGUCGCUGGGGCAGUUAUUCAGAAGAUUAAACCGACGUCCAGACAAUUGACGGGUUGGAACAUUCUCACUAGCAUUUGCUCGGCUGGACUAAUUGUAAUGUACGCAAUGUUUGGAUGCAAUGCAAUCAAUAACACUUCAAUCGUUAGCAAUUCUCAAGGUGUCGAAUGCAGUCAAGGAUGUAAUUGUGAUUUUAUCAAAUACGCUCCGAUUUGUGGAAGCGAUGGUAAUACCUAUCUAUCACCUUGCCAUGCCGGAUGCAAAGAACGACUCAGACAAUCCAAUGGAACGAUCCUUUUCACAAACUGUUCCUGUAUAGAAGCACCGCUUAAUAGUUCAUACGCGCUCGCGUCAUCUAUGUCAUUUGACAACUUAACAAGUGAAGAUCCAAGCGACAGGUAUGCUCAACUCCCCGGUACAGCUAUUUCCGGAAGCUGUCCGGUAGACUGCAUGACUCCGUUCUACCUGUUUCUCGUGAUGGUGUCCCUCAAUAAAUUCAUCGGCGGUACCGAGUCGGCUGCCAAUUUCCUGGUCGGUCUGCGCUGCGUCGAAGAACGGGACAAAGCCAUUUCGAUGGGACUUUCGAUGGCCGUCAACACAUUAUUCUCUUUCCUACCGGCACCGAUAAUAUUCGGAAUGAUCAUCGAUCGGACAUGUGUCCUGUGGGGACGGACGUGUUCGAAGCAAGGCAACUGCUGGCUCUAUGAUGGACAAUCUCUAAGGACAUCCAUGAACUACACCGCCGCAGUGCUGGUUCUGGUGGGAACCUGUUUCGAUGUUGGGACUUGGUGGUAUUCGAAAAACUUCCGGAUAUUUGAUGAAAAGGAACACAAAUCCAGUGAAGGCAGUGAGCGGCAAGAUGAAACGGAAAUGGAAGGUGCAAAUCCGUUCAUCAGAAAUGGUGGUGAGCAAGCCGAGCUGACUGUGUUAAUGAAGGAUAAAACAGAGCGAGAGUAAAUAAGUAACUAGAAAAAUCUGCGAGUUACGGCCAA